AGUUCGUGGUUGGAUCUCCAAGUUAAAAGACCUCGCGCAAGUACUUGGAACACUUACAGCUUUUCUGAAGUCAAAAUGGUUUUGCUCGUGUUGGUUAUGGUACUGGCAGUCGCCGUGGCUCAGGACACUUCGCCUGCAGCUUCUAGCAAGGUGAGUUUGCUUUUGCUUUAUAUAAGAUGGUCUAUUUUAGAACCAUCACCAGAGGAAUAUAUAAUACCAUACAUGCAUUCAUAGUACGAAUCCAACUUUGCUUUGUUAACAUGCUGCUUUUCAACCGGCACAAUCAGCGCGCCAGACUGUAGCAACGAGCAUCCUGGUACAUUUGUGCUAAGUGCAUAUACAUAGGUCGCAAGCUAACGAUGCCGAUGGGCAAAUUUUGGCGAACCCACCAUCCCUGUCUUUCGUCGCUGAGUUUAGCACGAAUUGAGGCUUAACUUGCCGUUAAUUCAUAUUAAUACAGUCCUGGUAACAAAUACACAUGGCCAUGCAUAUAAACUAAUCUGAACCGUUCAGAAACUCUUAGACAACCCUAUAAUCAUUACUAUAACCCAAAUCCCUAAAUCUAUUUAAAAGUUUCACUUAUGAAAUAAUUGUGCAUGAUUUAAAGUGUAUUUGUUGAGCUAAUGAAUAUGUAUAUCAAAUUUAGAAAGAUUUAGACUUUCCGUACGUUUUAGACUGCGAGCAAUCCCUCUAUUUCCUUCGUUUUAUUGUUUCCCGGACUAAGAUCUUCUACUAAGACUGAACGCGCGGGAACGGGAAACAAUAAAACGAAGGAAAAUAGAGGGAUUGCUCGCAGUCUACGUGCGUUAGCGCGACUCGAAGUUAUAAUUUGUUAUCAUUUUCUCAUUUCUAGAUCCAAACGCUGGAAAAACAAGUAGAAAUCUUGACAAAUCUUGUCCAUGCGCAAUCGAAUAUCAUGGGUGAAUUUUCAUGCAGUCAAGGAUCCUCGGGUUCAAAUUCUGCUUCGGAAUGUAUCUUGAAAGUAGCAGACCAAGCAAAAAAGAUCGCGAAACUCGAGGGAGACUUGACCUCUUUGCAAAGUCUGACAAAAACGCAAGAAAAUGACAUUCAACAAUUGCAGACAACUCUAUCAGGUAGUUAUGCAGAUAUAUAUGCAGGUUAGGGGCGGACCAUUAGAAAAGUGAUGGGGGGCAAAAGCAAAAAUAAAAAUCGAGCAGGGGAAACAGAAG